GUGUACGAUGCCACCACAACAUGAUGCAUACAUCGUAACCUUAUAUAUAACAAACACUUAUGUGGUAAAUGUUAGUUUUAUCAUCCUCUUCAAGAAAACUUCAAAGUGGUGAUGAUGAGAACACCAAGCAGUGAUGAAAGUGGGUUGAAGAAGGGGCCAUGGAGCCCAGAAGAGGAUAAAAUACUAGUGGAUUACAUUCAGAAGCAUGGCCAUGGAAGUUGGAGAGCCCUUCCAAAGCUUGCAGGAUUGAACAGAUGUGGAAAAAGUUGCAGACUAAGAUGGACUAAUUACCUCAGACCUGAUAUCAAAAGAGGCAAAUUCUCUGAUGAAGAAGAGCAACUCAUCAUCAAUUUACAUGCUGUUCUUGGCAAUAAGUGGGCAGCUAUAGCAUCUCAUCUGCCAGGAAGAACUGAUAAUGAAAUUAAGAAUCUGUGGAACACACAUUUAAGGAAGAAGCUUUUGCAAAUGGGGUUAGACCCAGUGACUCACCGUCCAAGAACUGAUCACCUAAACCUUCUUACCAAUCUACAGCAGAUUUUGGAAGCUGCAAAAAUUGUCAGCAGUUUCACAAACCCUUGUGACAUAAACAAUGCUCUAAGGCUACACUCAGAUGUCACGCAACUGGCCAAAUUCCAGUUACUGCAAAACAUGUUUCAGCUCACUGGUGCCACUCCUUCUCCUUCUUCACUGACAGAUGGUUUUCUGAAUGACGUUUUGGGGUUUAAUCAGUGUAGUAAUCUCCAAAACCUUCAUGAUGGUAAUUCAGUUUCUCAAAUCCUUCCCAAUGUCCAAAACUUUGAGGCCCUUCAGCUGCCUUCUCCAUCAAAUUCCCUUCCAAAUCUGGUUUCUGCCUCGCCUGAACAUUCUCCAGUAAAAGCAGAAAAUUUUAAUGCAAACUCAAAGGAGUGUUGUAAUCCUUCUUCCACCACCUUUGAGUUAACGUGGGGAGAUUUCAUGGAAGAAGAUGCAACCGAUAAUUAUUGGAAAGGUUUCAUAGACCAACAUUCUAACCAGACAUGGUCAACAGUCCAAUGAAAAAGAUGCAUGGUAUUUGAGAGUUUUCACAGAAAUAAAUAUGUACUAUUGUUAAUUUAGUUAAGGUUGUUUUGUGUGUAUUAAUAUUGACAGUGGAUUAAUUGAUCGAUUCCAGAGAUCUAAAUAUAGAAAAGCUUAUGC